ACACCUCAUUCCUCUUGUCCUUGGUUUUCCUGGGGUUUAUAGGUGGAACCACAAUCUGCUUAAGCCAACCAUGUUUUCUGGCUUUUUCUUAAGCAACUAGCUUCUACUGAGGAUAACUUUGUCAUCUGCCACCUUAUGGAUGGCCUGCCUCAAAUGCAUGUAACUCUCGGUCACAGGAAUUUUAAUUCCUGUAGGAAGCCUUGGGACAAUUUUAUUACCUUAACCUGUUGGGAUUUCCCAAGGCCCAGCCACAGGUACAUGGAAUUUGCUUUUCAAUAACCCCUUCACAGGCUGGGAUGGGUAGACAGGAUCCCAGUCUUUUUUUUUUUUUUGAGAUAGAGUCUUGCUCGGUCGCCAGGCACCAGGCUGGAGUGCAGUGGCGCAAUCUUGGCUCACUGCAAUCUCCGCCUGCUGGGUUCAAGCAAUUCUCCUGCCUCAGCCUCCCAAGUAGCUGGGACUACAGGCACGCGCCACCACAUCCAGCUAAUCUUUGUAUUUUUUUUUUAGUAGAGAUGGGGUUUCACCAUGUUGGCCAGGGUGGUCUCGAUCUCUUGACCUUGUGAUCCACCCGCCUCGGCCUCCCAAAUUACUGGGAUUACAGGUGUGAGCCACCAUGCCCGGCCAGGAUCCCUGGCCGGAUGUCUUAAGUGAGACAGAAGCAGCUAUGAUGAUCAUCUUCUAGGCCUACAGGGACAACAUAAUGUCUGUGGUGAAGGCAGAGCUUCCCUUAUCUGGCUUCCUGGGUUUCCCUGGGUGCACCUCUUCUAGAUUCCUUCAGCUGAUGUCUAUCUUUCUAUCUUUGUAUCAAUCCCUAGAUAAAGGGAAGUUACACGUCUAUUGAUUAUAGGACAUACAACCAACGUAUAUCAUUUGACUAACCAUCCAAUGACCUUGUAUGACUUGGCUUUGUAGCUCCUGCAAAAUAGGGAUUUUUUUCUGCCGGCUUAUUUCAAGAUCAGCCUCUCUAGCUCGGAGGUAAGUUUGGUCAGUUAUGGCGGUUAUUGUUCCCCCAGCCAAUGAAAGCACUCGGAUGGAAGGAAGAUACCUCACUUGUUGGGCUUGUACCAUGUGAUGUCGUCGCAGGUAGGCAGACACAGUUGGUAAAAGGGCUUGGUGCAGUGGCUUGUGGCUAUACUCCCAGUGCUUUGGGAGGCUGAGAUAGGAAGAUCACUUGAAGCCAGGAGGAGUUCAAGAUGAGGCUGGGCAACAUAGUGAGACCCCAUCUCCACAAUAAAACAGGAAAAAGGAGCCAGGUAUGACGGUGCACACCUGUAGUACCAGCUACUUGGGAGGCUGAAGAGGAAGGAUUGCUUGAGCCUAGGAAGUCCAGGCUUCAGUGAGCCAUGGUCACGCCACUGCACUCCACCCUGGGUUACAGAGCGAGACCUAGUCUCUUAAAAAAUUUUAAAAAUAAUGGGAAAGGAUGAAGCUCUAGUUAUGGCACAGAAAGGGAGGGGCCAGAGUCGUGCAUUGGAUGAGUUUUCUUAUCUUUAGGGGAGUAGUUAUCAAAGUGUCAUCUCCGGAUGGAUAGCAUCAGUGUCACUGGAGAGCAUACUAGAAAUGCAGAUUCCCAGGCUGCACCCUGAACCUACUGAAUCAGAAUCCUGGGGGCUGGGGCCCCACAAACUGUGUUUUAACAAGCCCUUCAGGUGGUUGCAAAGGUAGCUAAACUCUGAAAAUCACUGAGCAAGAGCUGGAAACAGACUAAUGUUCUUGACACCUGCAACAGCUGCAGUACAUUUGCUCAGACAGUUCACACGAGGGGCACAUAUGCGAUGUUAAAAUGAGCUGGAAUGCUCAGGCAAGAGAGGCAAGCUUUUCUCCUCAAUAUACUUGUCCAAAUCCUUGACUUUUACGGGUAAAUCUUUGAGGCUAAAGGAAAAACAGGAAGAGGGACCAACCUAAGGUCGCAUCGUUGCUUACAGGAAUCAGAAUCAAUGAUAGCUCUUUUGUUUCCAGCUUCGCUGUUCUUUUUUUGCAUCCUAAGUACUCAAGAUGAAUUUUCAAGGGUGGGUGGAAGGUAAGGAGAAGGGUAGAUGUUGGUGGUAGACAGUGUGUUGUGUUGGGAUUACCAUUUCAUUCAAAUUCUGGCAUUUUCUAGGCAUGGCUAAAGGAGAAUCAUUGUACUCUCCCCUCCCAGGUUUCAGUUUCCUCAUCUGAAAAAUGAGAGCAAUAAUUCAUGUGCUGUCUACCUCCAAUGAUCUGCAAAUUGUAACAUGAAAUCCAUCCGAAAAGCAAUAGCAGCCUCCACCACUGCCUGUACUGCCAGCAUCUUCUUGCUGGCCUUGCUCUGGGGGACAGAAGGGAGAUAGCACACCUCCCUGUUGUCAAGGUGGCUCCUGAGCUACCACCAUGCGGAGAAGCGAUCCUCUCCUUUCAUUGACUAAUUCAGAUGACAGGCUUCCAUUCUGCUUCCAGCCCUGUUAAAACCAGCAAAACAACCACUUAUGUGAUAAUAAUUUUAUCACACAGCUGCUAUUGUAAAUAAGGGAGGGAGGCUCCUGUGCUGGGCCAUCUUUACAACAGCUCCAUCUAAAUGCAAAUUUCAGAUCCCCUGCCAAACCAGGAGGUGAAGGCUUUCUUAUUAGCAGGCGGGAGAUAGGAGAGUUCAUUUAAUGCUAAAACAUUCCCAUGCAAGGAGUGCAAUUCCCCCUGAUGAGAAGUGGCCUCAUUUUCUCUCCAUGACCACUGUGCCCGUAAUAUGAUAAUUUUUACCUUUUUAAACUUUGCUGAAGGAGAAAGGACAGUCAUUUGUCUUUGGAAAUAGCUCCUUCUGCAUUCAUUUUACCUACAAAAAUGCAGAUAUUUGUCUAUUUGGUGAGUGAAUGGCCUGGGAGAAGCUGAAAGGUGAAGAUGACUUCGGUGCUGUGUGACUUGCUGGGAUCCAACGCCCUUACCUGAUGCAUGAACUUGCCACAGGCAGGCUUGCUGUGUGAUGGCAUUUGCCAGGUCUAGACGAAUCGCCUCCUUUCCUUCCUUGAUGUAGUCAGUCUCCCUGGGCUGAGAGAAGAGGAAGUGAGGAAAAAACAAAAAAACAAAAGAAAGAAGACAAAUACCAACAGCCAAGCCUAUGCAUAUAGUAGUUAUUUUGGCAGUGGCUUGAGAGGAAUGAAAAUGGGUCCUUUUUGCUAAAAUUUUGGGUUGGAUGCUUUCAAGCUGUGUGGCUUUGAGUAGUCAGCCUUGCAGAGGCUCCUUAACAGUUGUUGGGAUUGGAGAUAAUUUAUUAUUAUUAUUGUUUUUAGAGACAAAGUAUUUUUCUGUACCCCUGGUUGGAGUGCAAUGGCACAAUUAUAGCUCACUGCAGCCUCAAACUCCUGGGCUCAAAGGAUCCUCCCACCUCAGCCUUCCCAGGAGCAUGUCAGCAAGCAUGACUAUUGAAAAAUUUUUUUGUAGUGAUGAGGUCUUCCUACGUUGUCCAGCCUGGUCUUAAAUUCCUGCCCGCAAGUGAUCCUCCCACCUCAACCUCCCAAAGCGUUGGAAUUACAGGAGUGAGCCAUGAUGCUCAGCUUGAGAUAUUAAUUAAUGCAUGUGCCUGGACACAGAGAGAAGGAAAGGAAUGCUUUCUGAGCAACCCCCCCCCCCUUUUUUUUUCCAAGAUGGAAUCUCACUCUGUUGCCCAGGUUGGAGUGCAGGUAUACAAUCUUGGCUCACUGCAACCUCUACCUCCCAGGUUCAAGCAAUUUUCCUGCCUCAGCCUCCUCUAAGUAGCUGGGAUUACAGGCACAUGCCAGAAUGCCUGGCUAAUUUUUGUAUUUUUAGUAGAGAUGGGGUUUCACCAUGUUGGCCAGGCUGGUCUUGAACUCCCAACCUCAGGUGAUCCACUCACCUCAGCCUCCAAAAGUGCUGGGAUUACAGGCACAAGCCACCGUGCCUGGCCCUCUGAGCCCAUUUUAUAAAACUACCACUGCCUGUUUUUUUUGUUUUUUGCAUUGUCACCAUUACACCCUGAGAAUGGGCUGGUAUUAUAUUCCUUUUACAGACUUGGAUGUUCUUCUCAUCAAAGACUAUAGAGGUCAUGAAGAAGCUACAGUCACUCCUCACCAUUUCAGGAAUUGUGAUCUUGUGUAUUUCCUUACUCCAUGAACUUUAUGUGCAACCCUCAAAUCCUGCAGCUUUUUCAUGGUCAUUCUCAGAGAGGCACAGAAUGUUGAAAAUAUGGGGUUGCCCAAAGGACACGCAUAGCUGAGGUUAAACCAGGUGACUCUGCCUCCUUGUUCCAGCUCAUUCUGUAAAUAAUCAUCUUUUUUGUGAUCUCUGUGCCACAUGUUCCCAUUUUUUGUGCUUUUGUUGGUUAUUUCACUGUUCCAAAUGCACCACCCAAAUGUACUGCUGAAGUCCUGUCUAGUGUUCCUAAGCAUGAGAAGGUUUCGUUAUGUGUCUUAUGGAGAAAAUACAUGUAUUACAUGAGCUUCAUUCAGGCAUAAAUUAUAGUGCUGUUGUCUGUCAGUUUAAUGUCAAUGAAUCAAUAACAGAUAUGAGAAAAAGUAUUGUUCUACAGAAACCCAUGUAAACAAGUUUGUGCAUUGAUCAAUUGAUGAAAAUGGGAUCAAAGGCUUGCAGGAACCUAACUCUGCAUGUCCACUAGGAGCAAUGUUUCGGUAUUCACUGAUUCACUGUUGGUAGUAACUUUAGGGAUCAUUACUACUGUGAAUAAUGAAAACAGCUCUACUUUGAGUCAGGUCUGUUUAUCCCUCCCGUCAUCCUUAAGAAGGAAUAGAAAAGACCACCAGAGCAAUCUGGUCCUUACCCCAUUCCCUCCACACUCCAGGAAGAGUUCUAUUCUUCUCUUUCAGGAUCAGAUCUGCCCAAGCCCUGAAUCAGCCCUAAUGUGGCCCAGGGAAGAGUUGAGGGUUUGUUGCUUCAAGGGGCAAGUGAGCUGUUACUUUCCCAAUUGAGUAAUCUCGGGCAAGUUAUGGGGUCUGUUUUUUCCCAUACAGGGUGGGGUUCUUAAUGCUAUUUGUCAGGGUUGCUGGGGUAACUAGGUGAGAUUAGUGUACAUCAUGUGCUUAGCACAGCAGCUAGAUCACUGCAAAAGUAGAUCCUAAUAUGAUUAUUAGGAUCUUGGUUUGGAGCUACCUUGUGCUGCUGGUAGAUGGAACCUGGAAGGAUUUACCGCAUCCUGGUACUUUUUUGUUACCGUAAUUUACCAGUAGAUAUGGGAGCUUAGUCCUGCUGAGUAUCAACUAGACUGAAAAAAAAAGAAGAUUGAAAUGCCUACCAAUCAAAACACCCAGUACCCAGAUCCCAUCAUUAUUGUAGAUCCUGCCUGGACCUCCCUUUAACUCGCUGCCUAUCUUCUCUGCAGCUGGCCCUUUUCUGAAGGUCUCUCCUGGCUUCUCUGGUUCUUGGCCUUACAGGCCUAGGCCUCACUGACUUUCCGUGGGUGGAAGACUGAAGGAAUGGCCCCAGUUAAGAAGGGAACAAUGAGGCUGGGCAUGGUGGCUCACACCUGUAAUCCCAGCACUUCAAGAGGCUGAGAUGAGUAAACAGUACUCGAGAUGUCGCCAAAGUCAGAUAACGUGUAAGAGGAAUGGCCAUUUAAACUGAAGUAGGUAAGGUGGGUUCAAAACCAGUGCUCUCAACCACUGAGUCUUUAUGGGGAAUAUCAGAAAGAUGGAUCGGGCAUAGAUUCUGUCCUCAACAAGCUACCAGUCUAUUGGCAGUUUGCAUUCUAUUCUACUUUAUUUUUGUUCUUUGACUGUGGUAAAUGACAAUGAGAUGGCCUUGGAUGGCUGUUUUGGGAAUUGGCCACCGCACUCUCAGGGAUGGAUCUGCAAGACACCAUGACACUUCCAUGGGAGGAAAGACCCUUCUCUCCAGGCCAUGGUACAUUGGUCAAAGGGAGAAGUGACUUUAGGGGGUCAAUUAGAGUCUCUCUUUCUCUCUUUUAUGGAUGUUGGGAGCAAAGCCAAGUAAAACCAAGGUUCUAGAACAAAGAUCCAUUAGCUCUUCUUGAUGAAAACUCAAGAGCACUCGUGACUUCCUGUGUUUCUAUUAAUUUGCUUGUGCAGCUUGUCAUUGGAUUCUUUGAAAUAUCUCUGUUACCAUUAUCACCAUCAUCCUCCUCAUCAUCACCACCAUCAUGGCCAUUGUCACCAUCAUCACUAUCACCAUCACCAUCGUCACCACUAUCACCACUGUCACCAUCAUCAUCAUCAUCAUAACCAUUACCACCAUUACCAUAAUUAUCAUCACCAUUGCCAUCACCACCAUCAACAUCAUUACCACAGUCAUCACCAUCACCAUCAUCAACACCAUCAUUAUCACUGUCACUACUAUCACCAUCAUCACCAUCACCAUCACCAUCAUCAUCAUCACCAUCACCACCGUUACCAUAAUCAUCAUCACCAUAGCCAUCAUCACCAUUGCCAUCACCACCAUCAUCAUCACCAUCAUCAUCAUUAUCACCAUCAUCAUGACUGUCAUCACCCUCAUCACCAUCAUCAUCACCAUCAUCAUCAUCAUCAUCACCACCAUUACCAUAAUCAUCACCAUAGCCAUCAUCACCAUUGCCGUCACCACCAUCAUCAUCACCAUCAUCAUCAUUAUCACCAUCAUCCUGACUGUCAUCACCCUCAUCACCAUCACCACCAAAAGGAGGAUUCUGGGUCUUGGAAUUGAGCCCCAGGUCACAGCGGACUGCAAGCCUUCUGAACCAGAGGCGCACAGCCUUUUCUGGCUCCCGGAAUAG